AUGGUAUGCACAAAUUGGGUGAGUGGGGAGGGCGGCCUCCCUCUAAUCUCAUCCACACGCGUGAAGCCCUCCCAUGUGUGUCGUGGUGUGUGUUCAUGCAGCGGCAGGCAUCGUUCGAGGAUGACGGUGGCGAGGACAAGAAGGUGGCCUCCGGCACGGCGGAGGCGCGCCUGCAGGCUGCAAACCUUUAUGCGAGGGAGGGAGAAACGGUAGGAGCAAGCCCGUGACGAAGCUCAAAGCUUACAAACUCGUGUCUCCUCAGACAUCGCUGGCUACAUUUUAUAUCCUGAGACGAAUUUACUGUUGAUGCUGACGCUUCACCGCCUGGGCGGUGGCCGAGGACCAUCCAGGUCGACCGCAGGGUUAUACAAGCUCAUUUGGUGUUGUUUUUCUCCCGGUUUCUUUCUUUUCUUUUGCACCACCUGGUGGUGCAUCAACGAUCCUCAACUGCCUUGUUAGCCUCCCUCCCCGAUUCCAUCGUUUCUGGGUCGUGUGAAGGCCAUUGAAGUCACCUGGAUCACCACACUGACUACCAGACAGGUGAGGAGCACCCCACACAGCACCAGUAGGCCAGAAGUGACGGGCCGCAGCCAGGAGGGCGCGCAACUCAUAACACGGGGGCAGAGAGGCCGGUGUGUCGACUGAGGGUGAGAGAGGGCGUGGUGGUGGCGUGUGAAGUCUGGCGUGGAGGACGGAGAGCCAGGCUGACGUGCUGGGAGGGAGGGGAGGGACCUCAGGCGGUAGAUCAGCCAGACGACGCACGGGCCAUGUCUCAACAGGUUCUGCUCCUCUGUGGUGUCCUGGUGUCAUGCAGGAGUCUGGUGCGUGUGCUCGGGAGUUCCGACUCACCACACACGUGACGUGGGAGAAGAGGUACGUGCAGACGAGCGUGGGGUGUGGCGAGAGGGGUGGUGGUUGGACCAGUGUGUGGUAUGUGGUGUGUGUGGUGUGCAGGUCUGUGGUCUCGUGCGCGCGUCGUCUCAACAACACCGGACGGACAGCCUCACACACACACACAGUACGUCCACUUGCUCAAGGCUGACACUGACACGACACAUCUGCACAUCCGCUUCUUGUGGCGUGCUGUGCAUGCCUUACCACCCAUGCAGUCAGGUUGCUGUGCCACUGUGUGUGUCCGGGCGAUCGCGGGAGCAUGGUCGCUGUCGGAGUGCGCCAAGGAGUGCAAGGAGGUACUCAAGUUCGUGUCGGACGCGCUCGAGGCGGCUCGGGAGGCAGUGAAGAACACCCGUGCUGCAAUCAAUGGUGAGGGGCUGGAGGGAUCGGACGAUGGCCACCCACACAGGACUCCGGGUAGCUUCACCACACACACACACACGAGGUACGUGCAUGUGGGAGGCAGAGAGGGAGAGAGGGAGGGAGGGGCUUCAGUGCGGGUCAGUCAUAUGUUCUUGCUGUCUGUGGUGUGGUGCGGUGUGUUGGUCUUGUUCAGAUUGGUGCCAUGUAUGAGCGACACUUCAGCCUUGAGGGGCACGUGUUGACGUCUGCCGCGCCGGCGGCCCACUCCCCCUCGCGCGGCUCCUUCCUCUUCACCGCCUCGGCAGUCACCGAGGGCCACCCGACAAAAUGUGCGACUGCGUUUCCGACGCCGUGCUCGAUGCCUGCCUGAAGCAAGACCGCUACGCCCUCACGUCAGUCAACACCGUGUGCACUCCCAACGGUGAGCAGCGCUACACACGAUACGCCUACCUACCGACCUACCUACCUACCCACUUUGUGGUGCGUUGUGGUGUGUUGUGUUGUGUGUGUUGCAGGGUUGGUCAUGUCUUGGGGAACCGUCAUGAAGCGCUUCCAGUACCCGCCAGAGCCGGAUGUGCACGUGGGCUACGCCGAGGUGAUGCGCCAGACGCUGAGGGAGAUCGGGUACGACAGCGGCGCAAAGGGCCUCGACUACACGUGCGUGAGGAUUGUGGCCGACAUUAAGCACAACGUCGAUUACGUCGGGGAUGUGGAGUUCAGCGGCAACAGGAAGUGAGACCGGCUCAUGAGUGACACACGACACAAGAAAGCGGUGGAAGCGAUGUUGACGGCAGCGCUCUUUGUCUUGAGGCCGUGCGUUUCGUCGUUUGCUAAGAUCCUCACCAGAAGACUCACCAGCAGAGAUGCACGUGUCUUGUUCCAUUGUUGGUCGUGCUGCAGGGACGGUGAUAGUGGAAUUCGGAGAAUCAUCAAAUCAUCGACUACGGGAACAGCGGACAAGAAGUUGACAAAGAAGGAGGAACGGUAGGAACAAGCCCAUCACGAAGUUCAGAGCUUACAGACACGUGUCUCCUUCAGACAUCGCUGCCUAUGUUUUAUAUCCGGAGGCCGUGUUUCUUAUUGCGGCGGACCAAGGUAGGAUGAUUCAUCGAAAUGCAAGUGUGCUGGUGUGUGCAGGGACCGUGGCGACGUGAGGCGCCCCGAGGUGGGACGGCUGAGGCCCGGAAGGCAGAUGAGGACGAGGAGGUGGGAAGGAGAGAGGGAGUGAGGGAGUGAGGGAGCGAUGUCGACGGCAGUGCUCUUUGUCUUGUGGAUGUCAUGUGGCUAAUGUAGGGCCACCCUGUUGAUGACACUCAACACCACACUCACAGGUAACCAAUUGACCAUCCGUGAAGGAGCAGACGGGUACUUCUGGCUGCUGCUUUCUGUCUGUGCAGAGUACCGCAAGCGCUACCUGGAUAUCGUCGACAACAUUCGCACCAACGAGCUGCAAAUCGCGCUGGGUACAAUAAAGAGACAGCGACUCUUCUACUGUACAUAACGCAUUGCGUCUUGUCUGAUGCUUUCCGCACACAGACGAGCGGCAGAGACGUAGACGCCAGUUGGAGAGCGGUACGCAUGACAACCCAAUAACACGCCCUCACUGGUGUGUGCCGAUGGAUGGUGUUUUCGUUCGUGUCUUGUCUUCGAUUUAGAUGUGACUGCUGCGUUGAAGGCCGAGAGGAAGGCUAAGUUCGAUGAUGAGGCUGGUAUGCAGCCCUUUUUUCUGUUUUUUUGCACCCAUCGGGUGCAUUCGAGCACAUCAACGUUCCCAGCGUUCAUCUCGAGGGCUUUCUAGUGCGCUUUUCCGGCAAGGAUUUCCGGUCUGAACUCGAGCACGCACCUCUGCACUCGGAAUCAGGAGCCAGACCUCGACCUUCUCGCGACACAAAUACUACACGAUCUGGGCACUCAGCUGAAGAUUGACGCCGACCACAUCACCGUCAAGAAGGCCUCCCACACGUCAAGAAGGCAUUUGACGACACCCCGGAGCUGAUGCCUUUGGCUCAGUCGCUGGCUGACAAGUUGGGCAAGCGGCUCACUGACGUCAGGAACGACAGUCAGUGACACCACACACACAAACACACACACACACACACACACAGAGAGAGAGAGAGAGAGAGGCAGAGAGAUAGAGAGAUAGACUGACACUGACAAGACGUACAAACAGGUGCCUGCCUGCCUGCCUGCCUGCUGCUGUGCUCACCUGCCUGGUGUGUGUGUGUGUGUGUGUGUGUCCGCCUGUAGGCACUCUGGCUUAUCUGCACCCCGCAGGCAAGGCGACGGUGACGGUUGAGUACGACCAGGCGGAGGGCGCGACUGCACGCGGUACGCCCCGGUCGUACAAGGAAGACAUCCUCAAGACACUCAGGGAAGAGCGGACAAGAAGUUGACAAGGAGGGAGAAAGAGUAGGAACAAGCCCAUCACGAAGUUCAGAGCUUACAGACGCGUGUCUCCUUCAGACAUCGCUGCCUAUGUUUUAUAUCCGGAGGCCGUGUCUCUCACUGCGACGGACCAAGGUAGGACGAUUCAUCGAAAUGCCAGUGUGUUGGUGUGUGCAGGGACCGUGGCGACGGUGGGACGGCUGAGGCCCGGAAGGCAGAUAAGGACGAGGAGGUGGGAGAGAGGGAGGGAUUCAGGGAGGGAGGGAGCGACAGACAGGUGACAGAUCUCUGCUGUGUGUGGUGUGUGUGUUGAGCUGUCUGUGUUGCACAAGCCGAGCUGUUGGAGGUGCCGCAGGACAAGGAGGUCGCCAUCUCGACUGUCCGUGGCUUUCUGGGGACCAUCCCGAAGUUCUCAAUCGAGACGACUGUCCCGACGACGGGCGAGCACCGUUAUCUCUUGUCUUAGCGCAUCGAUGAUUCUGCCUGUCUGCAUUUGUGCAGGCAGCCGAGGCCGCCAAAUUGCUGCCUACUUUUUAUAUCCCUGGGUCUCUUCUUUCAGCGAGUAUCACAGGGCGUCCCCAGCUCACCACCACAACCACCACCAACACGCCACGCGCAGACGCGUAAAGGAAAAGCACUGGACCACCUGCUCAUGUCUUGAAUGCAGUACAUGUACCCUCAGAGGUGAGGUGCCCAUGGCCACAACAAACAGAGGUCAGUGACAGAGAUAUGGGCAUACGUAGGCACGGAACCAGAAAUGGUCGGUGCGGCCACCCCCUCCCACCCCUGCAGCCCCUCGUGUACCCCUGCUGCCAACCCUCGCCCAGCCAGCGACGCGAAAGAAGGCCUGCUGCACGUGACGUCCGGUGCGCGGCAAAAGCUCUCCGGUGCGCAAGGCAAGUGCAUCCAUUCAUUUGCGUGCCUUUGGAGGGGCGGAAUUGAGUGAGUUCAGAUUUGGCUGAUAGGGAUGGAAUGGGGAGAAGAAAAGGUAUCUGCUGCAUGUGUGGCGGGCUGGCUGGGCUGCGCUGCGCUGCGCUGCACUGCGCUGCGCUGCUAUCUCGAUUGGCAGAAACACGGGCGUUCACGCAAACGGUCAUCGUGUGCGUAUGCAGCGUUGCAUUGGUUAUGUCGACUGGCUCUAUGGGGCGCAUUGGCUGGUCGAUUGGGUGGAUAAGUGGAUAGUAUAGAUUAGAUUUGGCUUGUGAGAUGAACCGCACACAGACAAACGACGGGACAUCUUUUUCCCAUGGAUGGACACGAGUCCGUUUGUGGUUGGGUUGCUGCGGUCGUAUGCUUUCUGGCUGGAUGGGUCGAUAGCCACGGGCGUGGCGAGUGUCUCACUCGCCGGUUUCUCUCUGUC